CUGUAGCCUAAAUCACAUCAGAAAGCUCCAAACACUAUCUCUGAAACCUUAAUAGAUAAAAAAAAAAAAAAAAUGUAUGUCAGUCUACAGAGAGGAAAAGGGAAACAUUUUGACGUAAGAACUGAGAUGUUCUCUGUGUUACUGGAAUAUGAUUUAUUCCCAUUGGCUAAAGUCAAAGCACAGAGUUUGUAAACUGAGGCUCAACAUCGCGAGACUUGCAGGAACGCUUGCGAAACUGGUCAGGCAGACCAGGCCGGGCUUCCUUAGUUGUUAAUUUUUCGAAAUCUAAAGACACAACCUAGAUUCGAUUCAAUGGCUUAAGUAAUUGAACAUGUUUUUAUUCAGACCUCGUGAAAGUGACAAACUGAUUCGUUUUCAUUUUCGUCCAAAAUAACAUUGAGGGGGGUGCCUUUGAUUGACGGCGUGCACAUGCGCGAGACAACCGUUAGACCCGAUGACGUGUUUCUGCGCAUGAGCUUAGCUAGCUAACGUGAUCGGGGAUUUCUAGUGGAGAAGCAGUUUCUGCCUAUCUUCAUACUGUACUGUCUUUGGGCGAAGUGCUUCAUUUUGACGUUUGGCGUUUCCUAUUUGAGAUAGAACCCACCUCUUCCUGUCGGUGUCAGAGUAGUAACUUCACCAUAUUUAGUUGGUCAGAGCCCUACAGAGUUGAGCACAGGCAACCGGGAUGAAAAUCUUGGUCAUAUCGGCGAAUGCAACCGGGAGUUGACAGCCUAGAAACAGCGAGACUGGCCGCUGUUGGAAAGUGACAUCAGUGGAAACAAGGCUGCACAUCAAAACGGGUGCAAGCUGCCUAUCGUUAGCAGACUUUGAGUGAUAAGUAGCUGUCUAUUGUCGGAUGAGAAUUCGAACUAGUAGUCGUAGGUAGCUAGAUGGCUAGAUAGCUAAUUAUCGCCAACUAGCAAGCCUUAAACUCGAUUUCUUCUGGAUGUAAAACUGAAUUUAUAAGAUUUUUAUUCAGUAAACUGGUAAUAAACUAAAGAGCCCAGUGAAUCUGCAAUUAUGAUAUCUUGACAUUGUCUGUUAGCUAUGCUUGUCUCAAUCCAUUUGCUAAUCUAACAGCUGGCUAGUUUAUCAUCGUCGUUGAGGCUCGAGCAAGUAUCGCCGUGGCAGUGAAUUCUGAUUGGAUACCUUGAUCGACUUGCAGACACCGGGACACGGAAGACACUCAUCCAAAGGGACUGGAAAAGGGGCCCGUUUGACAGUGAGCAGAGAAGAGAAUUAGGGGGAACCCGUAACAACUCGGUUGCAUCGCCUGUGCGGUGUUGUGAACUGCCGAUAAACCAGAUUGAACCAAGCAAGAGUUCCUGACAUUUGACAUCUGUGAUCCGGGGAGUGAACCGGGCAGGGACCUCAUGAAUGGAAAUCGGAACGACAGGAGCCGUUGGAGCCCAGCCCCUGUUCACUGUGCCUCGGCGGCCUGGCUAUGGCACCAUGGGAAAGCCCAUCAAGCUGCUGGCCAACUGCUUCCAGGUGGAUAUCCCAAAGAUAGACGUCUACCUCUAUGAGGUGGACAUCAAGCCCGAGAAGUGCCCGCGCCGCGUCAACAGGGAGGUGGUGGACUCCAUGGUGCAGCACUUCAAGGUUACCAUCUUUGGGGAUCGUCGGCCAGUCUACGAUGGGAAGAGGAGCUUGUACACAGCCAACCCGCUGCCUGUGGCAACCGCAGGGGUGGAUCUGGAUGUCACUCUACCGGGUGAGGGGGGCAAGGACCGGCCCUUUAAGGUCUCAAUCAAGUUUGUGUCUCUGGUGAGCUGGCACAUGCUGCACGAGGUGCUAACGGGCCGCAGCGUGCCUGAGCCCCUGGAGCUGGACAAGCCCAUCAGCACCAACCCAGUACACGCUGUGGACGUGGUGCUGCGACACCUGCCCUCCAUGAAGUACACUCCAGUGGGUCGCUCCUUCUUCUCAGCCCCAGAGGGCUACGACCAUCCCCUGGGAGGGGGGAGAGAGGUGUGGUUUGGUUUCCACCAGUCUGUACGCCCCGCCAUGUGGAAGAUGAUGCUCAAUAUUGACGUGUCUGCCACGGCCUUCUACAAAGCCCAGCCAGUGAUCCAGUUCAUGUGUGAGGUCCUGGACAUCCACAACAUAGACGAGCAGCCCCGACCUCUCACAGACUCCCACCGGGUCAAAUUCACCAAAGAAAUAAAAGGUCUGAAGGUGGAGGUCACACACUGUGGCACCAUGCGGAGGAAGUACCGUGUUUGCAAUGUGACCCGUCGGCCCGCCAGCCAUCAAACGUUCCCUCUGCAGCUGGAGAAUGGUCAAACGGUGGAACGCACGGUGGCCCAGUACUUCAGAGAGAAGUACAGCCUGCAGCUCAAAUAUCCCCACCUGCCCUGCCUCCAGGUGGGGCAGGAGCAGAAGCACACCUACCUGCCCCUGGAGGUGUGUAACAUAGUAGCAGGGCAGCGCUGCAUCAAGAAACUGACAGAUAAUCAGACGUCCACUAUGAUCAAAGCCACGGCUCGCUCUGCACCUGACAGACAGGAGGAAAUCAGCCGGCUGGUGCGCAGUGCCAACUACGAGUCUGACCCCUUUGUGCAGGAGUUCCAGUUCAAGGUGCGCGACGAGAUGGCCCACGUGACGGGGCGUGUGCUGCCUGCCCCCAUGCUGCAAUACGGCGGCAGGGUGAGCACAGAGCACUUUAUGAACCGGACGGUGGCCACCCCAAGUCACGGGGUGUGGGACAUGAGGGGCAAACAGUUCCACACGGGAGUGGAGAUCAAGAUGUGGGCCAUCGCAUGUUUCGCCACACAGAGGCAGUGUCGCGAGGAGAUCCUCAAGGGUUUCACAGACCAGCUGCGUAAGAUCUCCAAGGAUGCUGGGAUGCCCAUCCAGGGCCAGCCGUGUUUCUGUAAAUACGCCCAGGGAGCCGACAGUGUGGAGCCUAUGUUCAGGCACCUGAAGAACACCUACUCUGGACUGCAGCUCAUCAUCGUCAUCCUGCCUGGAAAGACCCCAGUCUACGCGGAGGUGAAGAGGGUGGGAGACACUCUCCUAGGAAUGGCCACUCAGUGUGUCCAGGUGAAGAACGUGGUGAAGACGUCCCCCCAGACCCUCUCCAACCUCUGCCUCAAGAUCAACGUCAAGCUGGGGGGAAUCAACAAUAUCCUGGUGCCCCACCAACGACCCUCAGUAUUCCAGCAGCCUAUCAUCUUCCUGGGGGCGGACGUUACACACCCCCCUGCUGGAGACGGGAAGAAGCCCUCCAUUGCUGCAGUGGUAGGCAGUAUGGACGCCCACCCCAGCAGGUACUGUGCCACAGUGAGGGUCCAGAGGCCCAGGCAGGAGGUGAUCCAGGAUCUGGCCUCUAUGGUCCGAGAGCUGCUGAUCCAGUUCUACAAGUCGACCCGCUACAAGCCCACCAGGAUCAUCUUCUACAGGGACGGAGUGUCAGAGGGCCAGUUCAGACAGGUGUUGUACUACGAGCUGCUGGCCAUCCGCGAGGCCUGCAUUGGCUUAGAGAAGGAGUACCAGCCCGGCAUCACCUACAUCGUGGUCCAGAAACGCCACCACACCCGCCUCUUCUGUGCCGACCGCAACGAAAGGGUUGGACGUAGUGGAAACAUUCCUGCUGGCACCACGGUGGACACGGACAUCACGCACCCCUACGAGUUUGACUUUUACCUCUGCAGUCACGCUGGAAUACAGGGGACCAGUCGGCCCUCCCACUACCACGUCCUGUGGGACGACAACUGCUUCACGGCCGAUGAGUUCCAGCUGCUCACCUACCAGCUGUGCCACACCUACGUGCGCUGUACCCGCUCCGUCUCCAUCCCCGCGCCAGCCUACUACGCCCACCUGGUGGCCUUCCGUGCCCGCUACCAUCUGGUGGACAAGGAGCACGACAGUGCGGAGGGCAGCCAUGUCUCUGGGCAGAGUAACGGUCGGGACCCCCAGGCUCUGGCCAAGGCGGUGCAGAUUCACCACGACACGCUGAGGACCAUGUACUUCGCCUGAGCACCACCCCACACCACCAUCACCGCACUUAAAGCACACACACACACACACAAACCCCGCCUGCCAGUCAAGGAGGGUUGCAUCCCCCCACAACCAGUCAAUCCGGACCUGACACUGUGAAGAGGGUGGUGAGGGAAGCCCCCCGCAAUGGACUGAGGAUGCAGACAGACGCUGCUUUAAAACAAGAGAGGAAGAACUUGGCACUAUUAUGCAAUAUUAAACCAGCCAACUGCUUUUCCAGGGCACCCCAACUCCGCCCCCACCCUCCUCCAGUCCCUCCCUCCUUUUCUCCGGUCAUGAAGGAGAUCUGUUUAGAUUCCGGAUGUGUGUGGUCAACGUUGCAGAAAUCGUUCCCUUUCGUCAUCAUGCCUUUUACGUCAGCUCAGUUUUUAACGGCAGCACUUCUGCCCUUUUUCGUUUGUUAGUUCUGUUUUGACUUUUUCUUUAUCAAAGGUUGAGGAGAGAAGAAGAAAAGGAUCAGGAGUGUGAAGGGUGGAUCUCUAUCGGUGCAGACCCAUCACGGCGCACAAGCUUGCCACUGGUAUUUUCCUCUCCUUUCCUCUCCAGCUUUUCUUUUAGCCAAUGGUGACUUAUCAAAAGUGUGAGCGUGUCAAUGGACACUGUGUACUAGGAGACGAACACAAGCUAUUAUUGUGAGCACAGUGCCACCUGGAGUCUGAACGGUGUAAAUGCUCUCUUCAAAAGUCCCAACCUGUCUGGGGAAUAAGCUAUGAUGCUAAUCAUAUGAUUUCCAACUCGUUAUCGUUUGACUUGAACCAAUAAGUGCUGUGCGUAUACACUGGCACACAUCGUAGAGGGUAAUACAAUGAUAUCACACCCUAGGUCAGUUCCCUAUGACAUAGGUCUAAUGUGCUAUCACAUCAACUAACUACAUUGCAAUGUGACCCUGUUUUGAAUUUUCUUUCCUGUACAUCAUGUGUUUUGAUAUUUAAGGUGCUUGUUUGUUUUUUUUACCAUUCUUUCCAGUAUUUAUUAGUACGCUCAAGAUAUAGUAAUUUAACAUGAGACGAGCGUUUUUAUUUCUGCAUUCUUUCAAUCUCAUUGCUCUUUCGAUCUAUCCGCUCUCUUGGAUUUUAAUUUGUGGUGGGAGAUCCUAAAUUGAAUGACAGAUCGUGUUGCUUUCCCCUGGUGCAAUAAUCUUUUAGCUGAGAGAAGGAAGCUUCUUCUAGAAGAUACGCUUUGAAUAUCUGGAAGUCUGUAGCAGUGAGUUACGAGAAUGUAGCAGAACCCUGAUCUCCUAUGAGAACUCUGUUCACACAAUUGGCACUUACCCGUUGCUCCUCUUUAUGAAGAGGGGUAGAGGGGCUCAGAGGUCUAAUGGUUAUGCCAGUGAGUGUGUCAUGGGUUAGAAAUCAAGUGCCUGGUUUUGGAAAUGAACAGUUAAAUGGAAGUUGUAUGGAUGGAUUAUGACAUGGACAUCCUAGCCUUUAAAAUGUAUUCAAACAAGGAAGUUAAAGGGCAACGUUUAGCUGGGGAAAGUUGACUUUAAGCUACAUUUUGCCUCUUUUUUUUUUUUGACAGACAUUGCAUCGCAUUGAAAUCCUCAUGAUAGAAAAUAUAUAUAUUCUGUGUGUGUGUUAGUUUGAUAGUUUAUCCUAUUGUCUUUGCCUAAUAGCAGCAGUAUUUUAGCAGAUCAAGUCGUGCUGCACUCUCUCUAUCCUCAUCAGACAUGGAUCUAGCUGCUAUAUCUACAUGUACUCAAGGUGACUAAGAAUCGAGGCAUGCCUCAGUCAUGAGCGGCAGGAGAGCUAAGCCGACAUUUCAUUUUUUCCCCGCCAUAUAACUGAGCAUCCAAACCAAUAGUAGCUAGCUGUCUUCUAGAGUCAACAAUUCGAUGAAUCUUGGAAGUCGGAGAGACUGACUGAGUGAGUGACUUGUGUGGUCGCUGCUUAGCUCCUCUGCUCUGUGACGUGAGGCAUGCCUAGUGGUGUUCAAGAGAAAGACAAUAAUCUGCACUAAAAGAAGUGUGUGUCAGACCGAACACAUGCCUCUGGUGCUAUGGGGGGGUGGCCUCCUUGCCGCACCCCUUUGAGAAUUUGCAGUCUGAGUGGGCCCUUGGUGGGGGGGGGUACAAAGGUACCGUAGUAAACCUCCCAAUGAGGUAAACGAGAGGGUCUGUUAUGUGGGGCACUGUAGGGAUUCUCGUCCUAACUGUUAGUGGAAACGGUUGCCAUUUGAGAAUCUCUUGUUUUGACGUUACAAUGAUACAAGGACACAGUUCUCAAGGCAAGGACUGCCCCAAUAGGUGAACGGUAGUGUGCUCCAAUGGUAGAAUCCUGUGUCCCCCUGUAGUUGCGUUUGACUGCCUUCCCAACUCUAGCCUUCCCCUGGCUGGAAGCCAAUGAGUUUGAGCCUUCAUGAUCUUCACUAGUGUCCAAAAAGCCUUUUUAAAAAGCCAGAUUGGAAGAUGUGUGUAUGUACAUUUCACAUUUAUUGUAAUGCUCACACCACUUAUUUUUGCUAACAAAAAAAUCUAACAUAUAUAGUUAUUCAUCAUAGUAAUAAUAUCAUUAAAGGUAAACGGUAAUAAAAUAUGUAAGAGUUGAUAAUGCAAUAGACUGUUGUUGACUCGUGUCCUGUGGCAAUGUAUAACAUUAAUUUGUUUAUUUUGGCGUGCGUACGGUGGCGGUGAAUGUAUUUCGACAUGUAACGUGUGUCUGGAUUGUUAGACUGUUAUGGAUCGGGAUGUGGUGGACUUGUCUCCUCUGAGUUCUAGAAGUAAGAGGUGCUUCUAUUUCUGUCACUCUUGGCAGCUGUUGUCAGAUCUACCCUGUUGUCAUAGAAUCCAAAUGGAAUCAUUAGACUUUUUUUAAGAGCAUAAUUGUUCUGAUCCAGAUCGUCUUUCUCAGGCGGGAGUUGACGCCUGUAGAGUAGGGGAGAGCGGGAGAAACCGGGGCUUGUCAAAGUGUUUGUAGACCCACUUUUAAAAAGAUGUAGUUGAUUUAAAGAAUGAGAUGGUUACCUUGACUGGUCAUCUUGAACGUUUAGUACCGAUGUGGCCCGCAGUGUUUUAGGUUGAGCCUUGUGGGUUAUGAGGCCCCUAUAGAGCGAGACUUGGCCUGAAACUGUUGCUUUUCUCCACGCGCAACCAAGGGCACUUCUUGUGCUCAGAAAUACAAAGCCUAUAGGCCUCCAGUAAGUCUGCAAUGUGACAGUCUAUAAUCUCAUUUGUUUUUCCCACUUUCUCCUGACUUUUGCGUCCCGUUGCCAGAGGACUACAUUCCAUAGCCAGUAGAUCUGCCAUCGGAUUCCCCUGAAGUGGAGAAAAGAUGGAAGACUAGAGGACAGACAAAGUUAACUGUGUGUGUUGAAAACUCCUCCAAACUCCUCUAGUGUGUGUUGGUUAGUACAGAGUAGGGUAUUGUAGUUAGAUUGGUUUUUGUGCAUGUGGCUGGUUCUGGUGUAUGUGAAGUGAGAAGUAGGGCUAAGUGCCAUUUGAGGGAGGUGGCAUGUAUGGAUCGGGACAUUGUUUAGCAAGCGACAAGCGUAGCUCUCAUCUAAGCUGACAUUAUGAUGAACGUCAAGGACUAUAGAACAUUCAGAUUUUCCUGGGCAAAAGAACACAUGUUUACAUAUAGCAGAUGUGUUUGCCUAACAUCCUUAUAACAUUAUAACUCGCUACAUCGUCAUCCGUAACGUUUUUCAGAUGUUCGUUUUGUUUUCAUCAGUUUUUUUGCUUAGUUUAUAAGGAUAUUUAUGAGCAAGGCCUUUCUAGGUCCAAAACAUCACCCCAGAGUUUGCUAUACUCUAUGGAAAAGCUAUAUUUACAGUAGCUAUAUGUGUUUUCAUUCCAUUGCCUGUGACGCACAGAUAUACUGGAUUUUGUGUUGUAUAUUCUUUCUUUCCGGAGUGGAAGGUAAAUCUAUGGCAGAGCGACGAAGUCCACAGAAAGUGCCUUUCUUUAUGGUGGUGCUGUAAAACAAAAGUCAAACGGAAAAUCAAAAAGACAUCUGUCUCAUUUUUGAAGAAGAAAAAACACACCUGCGUUUUAUGCACAGUGUACACACACACACACACACACACACACACACACCAAGAUUGAUACUGAGGACCCGCAGUCUGUUUGUUAAAGACAUUAGAGUAUAUGAUUGUGGUUGAGCGUUCACUUAGUGGUGCAUUUUGAGUCUGGACCAAUGGACUUGGUACAGUGGAACUUGCGUUGACAAGCGAGGUCACAGUUAAAACCGGGGUGUGUGUGUGUGACACAGCCUGGCCCACGAAUGACAAACAUAGCACAGCACUUUAUAGACUGCCACUCUCUCUCGGACAUGAAACCAAGAGGUUUUCUGUCUCUGUUCCUCCUCCAAUCCCCGCCUCCCAGAUACAGUUUAGUAUCGAAGAAUUGUUUAUUAUGUGAAUGAGGAGAUUUUCCUCCUCUGGGAAAGGGAAUUGGAUUACGACACCAAACAAAAUGGUUGCUAUCGCUACUAAGUGGUCAUUUUCAAAAGCGUGCCUCCAGCUCAUGUGACUUCGCUGAUGAUGGCUCUGUUUUGAGUCGGCCUGCAUUUAUAUGGUUUCUCCUUAAUAAUCUGAAACCACCAACGGUUUUUAAGUGUUCCAAUGUAAGGCAUCCAUAUUAGGAAGCAGGGCAUCCAUAUUAGGAAGUCGGCAGUUGUCUGGCCCAUGGCAUUCUCUCAUCCUAGUGCAAUGCCUCGCCGUGUGUCUGUCUUGUCCUUACUGGAAGGAUAGUGGGCCCACUUUCAUUGGCGUUUUGGGGCAGUUUGGGUGUAGAAUAAGACUCCGAGGGGGUCUGUAUGAGUCAUUUGGGGUACCCGUCAGUCCAGGGGGGUGAUACCUUUACAAGCGAUUAAAAAUAUAUAUAUAUAUAUGCGCCUCACUUACCUUGGUAUGCUGCAUAUGUUAUACUACAUGAGGAAAAACUGCAAAUAUUGCUUUGGUUAUUACAGUAUAAUGCUUGAUUAAUACCUGACUAUGAUAUUCUUAUAACUAUUUUAGAGACAGAAGUAUAACUGUAAGAUAUUCUUGUUUUAGUUUUUUUGUCUUAACACUUAUCUGACUUGAGCCGAACGUUUUAUGUUGUCGUCCUAUUUAAAUGUGUCGUUAUUUUUAAUAUGUAUAUGAAAUGUAUAUUGCAAAAUAUUUUAUGCUGUAUUUAUUGAGUGCAUAAACGAGCGGCUAGCUAGAGUCUCAUUGGCAGCAUGGUGGAGGUGGAGCUAGGGGACGAGGCCUUAAACCCCCCCCCUCUCCAUGUUGAAGCCUUAUCCUCCCCCAGACACGCAAGCACAGCAACGUGGUGGUGGGCGGACAGAGGGGCACAGUUGAGCAGGGGGACCUGUUUUUUAAAUGAGGUAUUAAUUAUGUAGACCCCUGCGUCUAGCGGUUUGGUUCCUCGUGAAGGGAAGAAGCCUUCUCAUAUGUCCUCUUACCACCUUCUUGUACUCUCUCUUCCCUCUCUCCUCCCCGGUUCUCUCCUCCCAUCUUGAAGAGGCCACCCCCACAUGUUGCGUCUCAUCUCCUGUAGGGUUGGGGAACCUUUACUGAACCACAUGGACUGAGCUGAGCCUUGUUUAAAAACCUCACAUCCUCAUCCAGAGCUGCCAACAUGUUAGCCAUGUAAACUCCCCAGGCCUGGUGAAGUACAGGUGGGUGAGAAUAGAGGAGAAAAGGAGAGGAUGAUGGUGACUGUGCUAAGGCAGAGGAGGUUAGGUGUGGCUUCUGUCCUUUCACUUUUCCCCCUUGUGCCAGAGACUUUUACACAGUAAGGAGUGGAGUGUAAAGUCUCGUUCCGCUCAAAUACAAGCCUCCGCCUUAAGUGUGUUGUUACUUCGUUGUUGGGUUUUAUUUCCGACUACGGAAUGCCUGAGUUGAGUACAAAAAAAUGGCCUAACUCCAAAAUGGCAUCCUCGUGUUUCUUUUCAAACCACUAAUAGUGCUACAGUAGUUGGUGAGCCCCAACAUACAAAAGUGUUUUGUUUCCCCACGUGUAUGGAUGUAAGAACAGGAGCCCGAGGGUUCUGUGUGCUGUACUUGUACCUGUAUAACGAAUCAAGGUGUUGUAAUAAUUAGUUGCUGUUCUGUUUGCCCACAGUGUCUGUUAGUUGUUCCCACCUCAUUCUAGGGUCAGAGGUCAGAGGCAUGGCGCUUGGAAGGGGUCGUCAAAGCUGUUCAAAACGUUUAAUAGGCUUUUCUACCUAAUACCCACAGACACAUACUUUGUUUAAGACAUGUUGACUCCAUUUAGCUAUCUGAUUGAUGUGUAAGCAGAUGCUGCUUGUUUUCAGUCCGUUCGCAGUCCAUGUUAAGAUUUUGAAAUAACAUUUGCUCGAGAGAUUAUCGGAUGCUGUUUUCCCAAUGUUACACUGGUUUGAAGACCGAUCUCGUCAGUGGCCAAGAAUGCUGGACUUUUAAAGAGUUUCCUAUAUGUUUCAUCGGUAUCUUGAGGUUAUUUUUGUAUUUGACGUGCGUCAGUUAGGAUUGUGCGCUGUGAUACCAUUUUGAGUCCUGAGGCACCAGCUAAAAUCAAUGGGUGUUUGAUGAUACGAACAAGGUAGCCACAUGAGUUCCAUGCCUCGAUCUCUCUCCCUUACUACUCUGUAUGUUUCAAACUCUCUGUUGUACCAACAGGUCUUUUUAUUUCAGUUUUAAAUGUCUUUUGUCUUAUAAUUUUUUCUUUUAGGACUUUAGUUUAGCUUUGCUACAAUUUGAAGUGUAUCUUUCACUAAUACUUGUAAUAAAAAGCUUUGCUUUAAAA